UCCCCUUCACCAAGUUCGUGAACAGGACCCGCUGCACGCCCUGAUUCUGAUGGCCCCCCUCCCCUCACCCUGUACCUGCGGAGCUGCAGACGUGCCACAACUGGCUCCCGUGGUUGUGCGCAUGUACCAACCGGAUCCGGAUACACCGGCUCUCCGCUCCAGGGUGCUAGACAUGUUCCCGUCCCCAGAGCAACUGGCAACCAUGUUGUUUGACGUCAUGGAGGCCCUGGGCUGGAGGGAGACGUAUAUGCUGUACAACAAGCGGUCAGAGUUCUACAGCUGCUUUAAAGCCAUGCUGAAUGAGGCUGCCUCCCGCAUGUUUUACCUCUGGUCUCAGGAUGUUCCACCUGACAAGGAGGACGGCGACGCCUUGGGCGCCAUUUUGCAUGACGUCAGCACUUCGGGGCGGAAGAAUGUCCUCCUGAUGACAAGCGCUGAUGUAGUGGCCGUCAUCCUGGACAAGGCCACCGAAAUGUUGCUGCUUACAUCUGAGAGCCACUGGAUCGUUACAAGCGUUGAUGUCCGAGAAAGUCAGCUGCAGAGCGCACGACAUAGUGGGGCCCUCUUGACCCUGCUCCGCCCCUUCCCUGAGACACCCCCGCCCUGGGGACGUGAUGCACCUGAUGAACAGCUGUCUUACAGGACGCGGCUGGCUUUGGACGCAGUCAAGCUCGUGUCUAGCCUGUCUCCGGACCUGGUCACGGGGUACUCACGGAGGUCGGACAGGGAGGGCUCUCUUUACCCGAGAGAGGGGGACUGCGGUGCAGGAAUGACAGACUAUAUAUCAGAGUACAGUUUCUUGGGUUUCAGCGGACACGUGUCAUUUGACAGCUGUGGAAAGAGAAAGAUCGUGACGGUCUUCGUCGAUGAGUAUCUUCAAGGGGAGUCGAAACAGGUGGGGACCUGGACUACAGAGGGGACGACUGAGAUCCAGUCCGGAUGGCAGAAACCCACCGAAACUCACCUGCUCUCGGGACGGCAUCUCCUAGUCUAUACCGCACUGAGUAAACCAUUCUUCAUGAAGAAACCAGGCAAAAGUGGUGAGGUUGGGUCCACUCCGUACCACGGCUAUCAUCUGGACCUGCUGGAGAUGCUGGCUUCGCACCUGAACUUCACCUGGAACAUCACUCGGAUUGGUAGUAGAAACCGGGAGAUUGUUGCAGAUGCGGCUAAGUCGAAGAAGUAUGACUUGCUUCUGGUUGCCAUGGCCAUGCGCACUGGGUUUACAGGCUGGGAAAAUAUCGAGUAUUCCAUCCCAAUACGGACACGUGGUUACUUCCUCACCAUGAAGAAGUCAAAUCGUCAUGAAGGUCAAGGCAUCUUCCAGUUCAUGGGACCAUUUUCUGCGGAGGUGUGGCUCUCCUUUGCGGCCGCUGUUGUGGGAGUGAGUUUUGCCUUAGCUGUAAACGGCCGUCUAAACCCGUGCGAAUGGGCUCAAGCCGCCUCGCGUGGAGAGGUAUCGGUGGACUCAGGCCACCUGAGCCUCGUCAACAGUCUCUGGUCUACCUUUGGAGCGGCUCUGUAUCAGGGGCACGAGUUUCUUCCCCGAUCUUCCACAGGAAGAGUCAUAGUCGGCGCCUGGUGGUUCGUGAUCCUAGUUAUGGUCGCAUCUUACACUGCCAACUUAGCUGCCUUCCUGUCCAGACCUUCAGCAGAGCGGAGCAUCAGGAGCCUGGUUGAUCUGGCUCGGCAGACGGACGUGCCGUACGGGACCUACAAGGGAUACACCUUCGUCAAGUUCUUGAAGAAGUCUCAGGAGGAACCUUUUAAGACCAUCGGUCGAUAUCUCAACAAGAAUUCAGAUGAGGUCCUCUUCAACACGUCCCGUCAGGCACUUGAGCGCGCUGCUAAGGGCGACUUUAUCUUCAUCUCCCCAACCACCUACGAGUACGAGAUCCUCAAGGACAGGUGCGACAUGGUCAUCCUCACCGACGAGUACUUCUUCAAGUACCAGGUCGCACUUCCGUUUCCGGUUGGUUCACCCUACCGGGCCGAGAUCAACCAGGCCCUGAUGAAGAUGACAGAGGACGGGCAGAUGGACGCCCUUGUCAACAGAUGGUUUAACAAGAAGAAGUACAAAUGUUCCACUGGCUCCAGUGAUGAGGGUGUUCUGGAUAUGGAGCAUUUGGAUGGGACUUUCUACUACCUCAUGAUUGGGAUGGGGACCUCCAUCUUAGUCUUCGCACUGGAAUGGGUGCAUUUUAAGUUCAAGAAGGGGCGUUCCAGUGACCCUGUCAAUACAGGUGACCGCGUGUAGUCAAAGAAGUAGAAGCACGCCCAGUUCAAGGAGCUUGUCAAUAAAUCUUCAAUCACGCUCGCUUUUAUUGCUUGAAAUAUGCCACCGAAACAUCAUAUAUUAGAUGACAAUUGGAAACGUAUUGUCUGCAUGAAUAACCGACUUUUAUUGUAACUUGUGCCUCU